UGGAUACAUGUGUAAGCUUUGAUGAUUUUACUAAGAAACACUUGAAAGAAUCUCAUUACAGGGAGAUCCUUAUUGUGCCCUGACAACAUCAAUCUCAUUUCGGAGGUUCAUGUUGGAAUCAUUGGCGUGUGAAAAAUGGUCGUGUUUCUCUAACAAUCAGUACUUGGAAGAAGCUAAGAAAUCUUCUAAGCCAGGUUUAGUUGCCCAGAGGAAAGCUUAUUUCGAAGCCCUUUACAACAGAAAUGGUGCUAAGAAACCUGCAGCAUUGCUUGAGGAGCAAAAUGCAGCGUGUAAUGAACCAAAUGUUAUGGAAGAGACAUCCAGAGACAGCUCAAAUCCUCCACGAAUUCCAACUAGGGCAUCAGCAAAUAGGUUAUCAGUGCAUUCUCCAACAGCUCCUCAAGAAGAAAGAAGAAGAAGUAAACCAGUGGAUGAUUGCUCAGUUUCUAGAAGGAGGAUAGCAGAUGGGAAAUCACAUGGGAUAGACCAUUUGAAGACCUCAGGUGUAUCUGGACCCAAAGCACGACGUCCCACAGUACCCUCCCCUUUUAACUUGAGGUGUGAAGAUAGAGCGGCAAAACGUAAAGAGUUCUUUCGAAAGCUAGAAGAGAAGACAAAUGCCAAGAUCUUAGUUUCUGGAAGGAGGAUAGCAGAUGGGAAAUCACAUGGGAUAGACCAUUUGAAGACUUCAGGUGUAUCUGGACCCAAAGCACAACCUCCCACAGUACCCUCCUCUUUUAGCUUGAGGUGUGAAGAAAGAGCGGCAAAACGUAAAGAGUUCUUUCAGAAGCUAGAAGAGAAGACAAAUGCCAAGGAGGCAAAUAAAGUGUAUCUCCAAGCAAAAAAUAAGAUCUCACUGACACAGCCUAUGCAGGUUAAGAUGAAGUUAGUUAACCUGGGACAUGCUCAGAGCGAAGAAACAAGGAUGAAAAUUGGCAAUGGAGUGCGAAUGGGGUGGGAAAGGCGCCGUGAAAAACUGAAGCUGCAGGAAACUUGCUACUUUGAGUGGCAGAAUUUGAUAGCAGAAGCUUCUAGAAAGGGAUUUGUUGGUGAGGAAGAGAAGCAGUGGGACUCCUAUGAGAUCUUGGAUGAACAGCUCGAGCAAGAAUGGUUGGAGAGUGUUGAACAAAGUAGAAAAAUGGCAAGACCGAAAGGUAGCAAGAGAGCACCCAAUUCUCUUGAGCAAAGGAGGAAAAUUUCAGAGGCCAUUUCUGCCAAAUGGGCUGAAACUUGCUACUUUGAGUGGCAGAAUUUGAUAGCAGAAGCUUCUAGAAAGGGAUUUGUUGGUGAGGAAGAGAAGCAGUGGGACUCCUAUGAGAUCUUGGAUGAACAGCUCGAGCAAGAAUGGUUGGAGAGUGUUGAACAAAGUAGAAAAAUGGCAAGACCGAAAGGUAGCAAGAGAGCACCCAAUUCUCUUGAGCAAAGGAGGAAAAUUUCAGAGGCCAUUUCUGCCAAAUGGGCUGAAACUUGCUACUUUGAGUGGCAGAAUUUGAUAGCAGAAGCUUCUAGAAAGGGAUUUGUUGGUGAGGAAGAGAAGCAGUGGGACUCCUAUGAGAUCUUGGAUGAACAGCUCGAGCAAGAAUGGUUGGAGAGUGUUGAACAAAGUAGAAAAAUGGCAAGACCGAAAGGUAGCAAGAGAGCACCCAAUUCUCUUGAGCAAAGGAGGAAAAUUUCAGAGGCCAUUUCUGCCAAAUGGGCUGAAACUUGCUACUUUGAGUGGCAGAAUUUGAUAGCAGAAGCUUCUAGAAAGGGAUUUGUUGGUGAGGAAGAGAAGCAGUGGGACUCCUAUGAGAUCUUGGAUGAACAGCUCGAGCAAGAAUGGUUGGAGAGUGUUGAACAAAGUAGAAAAAUGGCAAGACCGAAAGGUAGCAAGAGAGCACCCAAUUCUCUUGAGCAAAGGAGGAAAAUUUCAGAGGCCAUUUCUGCCAAAUGGGCUGAAACUUGCUACUUUGAGUGGCAGAAUUUGAUAGCAGAAGCUUCUAGAAAGGGAUUUGUUGGUGAGGAAGAGAAGCAGUGGGACUCCUAUGAGAUCUUGGAUGAACAGCUCGAGCAAGAAUGGUUGGAGAGUGUUGAACAAAGUAGAAAAAUGGCAAGACCGAAAGGUAGCAAGAGAGCACCCAAUUCUCUUGAGCAAAGGAGGAAAAUUUCAGAGGCCAUUUCUGCCAAAUGGGCUGAAACUUGCUACUUUGAGUGGCAGAAUUUGAUAGCAGAAGCUUCUAGAAAGGGAUUUGUUGGUGAGGAAGAGAAGCAGUGGGACUCCUAUGAGAUCUUGGAUGAACAGCUCGAGCAAGAAUGGUUGGAGAGUGUUGAACAAAGUAGAAAAAUGGCAAGACCGAAAGGUAGCAAGAGAGCACCCAAUUCUCUUGAGCAAAGGAGGAAAAUUUCAGAGGCCAUUUCUGCCAAAUGGGCUGAAACAAAACAUGGUUUGUUAAGCAAGUUUUAUCUUUUCCCACUAGGCAUUCCGUGA